AUGAAUAACAACAUGAGCGGAAGUGAAAUAAGAAAAGCUUUUAUUGAUUUCUUCAUCAAUAAAGGGCACAAGUAUGUCCAUUCUUCAUCCACAAUUCCUUUAGAUGAUCCUACUUUGCUAUUUGCAAAUGCUGGCAUGAAUCAAUUUAAACCCAUUUUCUUGGGUUCAGUCGAUCCAAACUCUGAUAUGGCUCAGUAUGUAAGAGUCGUUAAUACCCAAAAGUGUAUAAGAGCAGGAGGAAAACAUAAUGAUUUGGAUGAUGUAGGAAAAGAUGUCUACCAUCAUACAUUUUUUGAAAUGUUGGGAAAUUGGUCCUUUGGUGACUACUUUAAAAAAGAAAUAUGUGGCUGGGCUUGGGAACUGCUCACAGAAGUAUAUAAAUUACCCGCUGAUCGUUUAUACAUAACAUACUUUGGAGGUGACAAAGCUUCCGGACUUGAACCAGAUUUAGAAUGUAAGAACAUAUGGUUGAGUUUAGGUGUCCCUGAAUCACACAUCCUACCAGGAAGUAUGAAAGAUAACUUUUGGGAAAUGGGUGAAACGGGCCCUUGUGGACCAUGCUCUGAACUACAUUAUGAUAGAAUAGGAGGAAGGGAUGCUGCACAUCUUGUAAACAUGGAUGAUCCUGAUGUCCUUGAAAUUUGGAAUUUGGUGUUUAUUCAAUUUAAUAGGGAGUCAGAUGGAUCACUUAAGUUACUACCCAAAAAACACAUUGAUUGUGGCUUAGGAUUAGAAAGAUUGGUUUCUGUGAUUCAAAAUAAGAAGGCUAAUUAUGACACUGAUUUCUUUAUGCCUAUAUUUAAGGCCAUUGAAAAUGGCACUAAGGUAAGACCUUAUACUGGUCAUGUUGGUGCAGAAGAUACAGAUGGUAUUGAUAUGGCAUACAGGGUAUUAGCUGACCAUGCCCGUACAUUGACCAUUGCCUUGGCAGAUGGAGGUUACCCAGAUAAUACAGGAAGAGGAUAUGUUUUACGAAGAAUUUUAAGAAGAGCCGUCCGUUUCGCUUCAGAAAAACUAAAUGCUAAACCAGGUUUCUUUAGCUCAUUGGUACACACUGUCGUAGAAUUAUUGGGUGAUGUAUUUCCUGAAAUCAAAAAAGAUCCAGAGUCUAUUAUUCAAAUUAUAAAUGAGGAAGAAAUUCAAUUCUUGAAAACUCUUACAAGGGGCCGAAAUCUGCUAAACAGAACUAUUGAAAAACUGGGUGAUUCAAAAACUAUACCAGGAGAUGUUGCUUGGCGAAUGUACGAUACCUAUGGCUUCCCUAUCGAUUUGACUCAGCUCAUGUGUGAAGAGAAGGGCUUAAAUAUUGAUAUGGAUGCUUAUGAAAAGGCCAAAAAAGAAUCUCAACUGUCAUCACAAGGUAAAGCUGCUGGACAGGAAGAUUUGUUAGCUCUGGAUAUUCACGCCAUAAGUCAUUUACAAGAGACAGGUGUUAACACAACAGACGAUUCACCAAAAUACAACUACACACCCUCCUCGACAGAUAAAGAUGCUGAAUAUAAAUUUGCUCCUUGUGAAGGUGUCAUUACAGCGCUACGCAGAAAUAAAGAAUUUGUAGAUGAAGUUAGUACUGGUCAAGAAUGUGGUAUUAUACUAGAUCGCACAAAUUUUUACGCUGAACAAGGAGGUCAAAUAUUCGACGAGGGUUACAUGGUUAAGAUAGACGAUGAAAGCGUAGAAUUCACAGUUAAAAGCGUACAAGUUAAGGGAGGCUAUGUUCUUCAUAUUGGAAAAGUUGAAGGAACUCUCAAAGUUGGAGAUAAAGUUUCUCUUCAUAUUGACACUGAAAGGAGGAGAUUAGUGAUGAAUAAUCAUACAGGAACACAUAUUCUGAACAAUGUGCUUAGGAAAGUACUUGGAAACGAUUCUGAUCAACGUGGAUCCCUCGUAAUGCCGGAUCGUUUAAGAUUCGACUUCACAAAUAAAGGACCCAUGACUGUGAAACAGAUUAAAGAUGCGGAAGAUCAAAUUAAAGAAAUAAUAAGCCAAAACAAAGUUGUAUAUGCUAAACAUACUAGCUUAAGUGAAGCUAAAAAAAUUAAGGGCUUGCGUGCAAUGUUCGACGAACAGUACCCUGAUCCAGUAAGAGUUGUUUCAGUUGGAAUACCUGUUGAAGAUUUAGAAAAUAAUCCCGAUGGAUUGUCUGGAUUUGAAACUUCCGUUGAAUUUUGUGGUGGUUCUCAUUUACACCAAACCGGUCAUAUCGGUGAUUACGUUAUUGUAAGUGAAGAAGGUAUUGCAAAAGGAAUUCGAAGAAUUGUAGCAUUAACAGGUCCCGAGGCUAUCAAAGCCUUAAAUAAAAUGAGUUCUUUAGAAAACGAAGUUAACGCUAUUGCAAAUUUAAUUAAGGAACAGGGUGACAAUGUUAAUCAAAAAGAAGUUGUUAAAAAUAUAGUAGACCUGACUAAUGACGUUUCUCAUGCUCAAAUAGCUUACUGGAAAAAAGAGGAAUUAAGAACACUGCUGAAAAAUCUAAAAAAACAAUUGGACGAUAAGGAAAGGGCUGCAAAGGCGAUGACAGCUAAUAUUGUUGUAGAAAAGGCUAAAGAAUUGUGUUUAAAUAAUGAAAAUGCACAAGUUAUUGUUGAAGAAUUAAAGGCUUACAAUAACACUAAGGCACUGGAUGGUGCUUUAAAGCAAGUCAAACAAAUGUUACCGAACACCGCUGCUAUGUUUUUCUCUGUUGACGACGAUUCAAAUAAAAUCUUUUGUCUAGCUGCUGUGCCUAAGAUUUUAAAUGAAAAGGGUUUAUUGGCGUCUGAAUGGGUCCAAUCAGUCGUGCCAGUGAUGGGAGGUAAAGGUGGAGGAAAGGCCGAGUCCGCUCAGGCUUCUGGAAGUAGUCCUAAUAAACUACAGGAAGCAAUUAAAAUUGCUCGUGAUUUUGCUAAUUCCAAGCUGUCGUAA